AUGAAUGACCUAGCCAAAGAACUCGCCUUAAUUGGCUCCACUACAUUCAACUACUCAUAUUGCAUCCUUGACUGUUCAUCUGCAACAUCUAUUGAUGAUAUCUUUAAUGAUGUUCUUACUCCGGAUGCACGCGCGAACUAUCACCCAUCGCGUCCAUGGCUGAACACUGAAACAUCAAGCAAACGUUCCUCAUAUAAGAGUCUUGGGGAUUAUAGCAAACCGCCAGCUCCAUCUUCACAUGCCAGCAGUAAUGUUGUCAAUAUUAUAGUCGCCAAAAACUUCAAUUUUGUGAAUGAUGAUAUCCAAAUGCAGAUGCUGCAGUUAAUGCGAUCAAGGGAGUUGGUCACUGAAACCGGGACCUUGAGCGCGCCUCAGGACUUUCUUUUCAUCCCUCUUGUGGCACGAGAUUCGGAUCAGCUCCAACCACCUUUGAAAUCACACAUGAAUGACAAUCUUCUCAUUUCUCAUUUCCACAGCCCGGAGGCUGGGUAUACCUAUCUUGAAGAGAAUGACUGGCUUUCGGAUGGACAAAUGUCCGCUUCCUCUGUUAUUCAUAAGUCGAAGGGCAAGCAAACGAAGAGUGGUACAGUCAGCCCGUUGAUGAUGGAUCAACUUCGAGAAGCAAGUGCAUCGGUGAGCACAAGCGCAGAAGUCGUUCGAUAUAUCCAAGAUAUCGUCGUAUUUCUGCGGCUCAGUCGCGCGGUUGCGGGUGGCGUAACUGCCAAUGCAAAUAUUCAAUUUUCUCGGUUUGCACAACUUCUAGCUCCUCUGCAUGGUAUCGAUUAUAUGACUCCCUCCAUCGUGGCGCUAGCCGCCAGGAAAGUCUUUCGGCACCGCAUUGUUGUCACUCCCCCCGGCGAGGAUCGUAGUUUGCAGUAUGGGAGUAACUUACAUGCGGUAUCCCACGUUCUCGCUGACGUGACGCCGGAUUCAAUACUGGAUGGCGUUCUGGCGCUCGAGCCGCCUCUAUGA